AUGGAUCAAGAGAACGAUAGAGCCGUCUCCCGUUUAUGGAGAGCAUUCAGAACCAUCAAAGAAAUGGUUAAAGACAGAGGAUAUUUCAUUACACAAGAAGAAAUAGAUAUGAGUCUUGAAGAGUUUAGAUCAAAGAACUGUGAUGCUAUGGGUAGACCACAAAGAAAAUUGAUGUCAUUUCAAGCAAAUCCAACAGCGGAAAGUUUAGAAAAAUUUCCAAACAUGGGUUCAUUAUGGGUUGAAUUUUGUGAUGAAGCUUCAGUUGGUAUUAAAACUAUGAAAAAUUUUGUUAUCCAUAUUAGUGAAAAAAAUUUCAGUACUGGUAUAUUUAUUUAUCAAAAUGGUAUUACCUCAAGUGCAAAUAAGUUGAUUCCAACUGUUGCUCCUGCUGUUAUUGAAACUUUUCAAGAAAAUGAUUUGAUUGUUAAUAUUACACAUCAUGAAUUAGUUCCAAAACAUAUUUGUUUGUCAGAUGAUGAAAAGAAAGAAUUACUAGAAAGAUAUAGAUUGAAAGAAAGUCAACUUCCAAGAAUCCAAAGGGAGGAUCCAGUUGCUCGUUAUCUUGGUUUAAGAAGAGGUCAAGUUGUCAAGAUUAUAAGAAGAAGUGAAACCAGUGGUCGUUAUGCAAGUUACAGAAUAUGCUUAUAA